AGCUGCUCCUGUUUUGUUCUCUUCCCACUUCGAAAGACAGACCGAAACCUAGCCGCCACCCAGGAAGGAUACUUCUUUCGUGUCUCCCUCUGUUUCCUUAUACAGCUCUCCGCUGUUUCUCUUUCUUUCAAUUCGUUAAUCGAUUUGCUUUCUCUGAUACCAACAAAUGCUAGAAAGCAAGGCGGUGAUCGGUCUGACAUGGGAGCCCAAACUCCCUGGUUUUUCUUGCCAAUCUAAAACCACGUCUGGGUCUGAUUCUAAAUCCCAGAAUAAGCCCCAAAGCUCUGCCCUUUGGAAACCCAAUCAAGACCUCGUUGAUGGCCUCUUUCUGCCGCCUAGUGAUCCUUCGAAGCUUAACAAACUGCUCAGGAAGAAAGUCAAAGAUACUACUGGCACUGCCUGGUUUGAUAUGCCUGCCCCUACUCUCACUCCUGAGUUGAAGAAAGAUCUUCAAUUACUCAAGUUGAGGGGUGCCAUUGAUCCCAAGAGACACUAUAAGAAGGAUUCAAAAUCCAAGGCACUGCCCAAGUAUUUCCAGGCAAGUUUACUAUUAUAUUUUUCUAAACUGAUAGCAUAACAUUUUUUUUUUGAAAGUUAAGACUUCAUUCAUAAAUAAAGGAAGUCCAUAUACAAACAGAUGAGAGUCAAAGACUGGAAAGAGCACUUGUCUUGACAGCCUUCUGUACCCUAAACCCAGUCAGCUAAACACAUGCACCACACGUCCCAAA